CCCUCUCUUUGAUCGGUGGGAGAGCGAGCAAAACAAGCUUCAAUAAUCGAAGCCCAAAAAUCAGGGACCCCCAAGUUUGAUUAUUCGAUCCAAAUAUUAAACUGGGUAACAGGAGAAACGGAGAAAUAAAGUGGGAAGGGACGGAAAAUCCAACAAUCUUGAUCGUCUGAAAUCCAAUGCGGUCUUUGCUGGUAAGACCCAAAAGAAGCAGCAUAAAAAAAGUUGGAACAGAAAGAAGACAGAAUUUGAAGGACACCCAGAUAGGGAGAUCGCGAAUUGGAUGUGGAUCUGAUGGUGGGUGGUGGAUUGGAUGUUGGGAGGUGCAAAGAGAGGUUAUUUGCGGUGAUUCUUGGAGAAGAAGGCGGUUCUUUUAGAAGGGUAGAUUCUUCUGCAGUGGGGCUGCAUAGACAAGGAUGCAGCUUCACUUCUCGCCUAGCAUGAGAAGUAUCACGAUAUCGAGCAGCAAUGGGUUUAUUGACUUGAUGAAGAUCAAGGUCGCAGCUCGUCACAUCUCGUAUCGAACCCUAUUCCACACCAUUCUCAUCCUCGCUUUCUUAUUGCCUUUUGUCUUUAUUCUCACUGCUCUUGUUACCCUCGAAGGUGUUAACAAGUGCUCCUCAUUUGAUUGUUUGGGUAGGCGGUUGGGACCAAGGCUUCUUGGGAGGGUUGAUGAUUCAGGGCAGAGACUGGUCAAGGACUUCUAUAAGAUCCUCAAUCAAGUAAACACUGAGGAAAUUCCAGACGGUCUAAAACUUCCAGAUUCAUUUAGUCAACUUGUUUCUGAAAUGAAGAAUAACCAAUAUAAUGCAAGGACCUUUGCUUUCAUGUUAAGGGGAAUGAUGGAGAAACUUGAAAGAGAGAUUAGGGAAUCCAAAUUUGCAGAGUUGAUGAACAAACACUUUGCUGCAAGUUCCAUUCCAAAAGGCAUCCACUGUCUCUCUCUGCGUUUAACUGAUGAAUACUCCUCCAAUGCUCAUGCACGUAGGCAGCUGCCUUCCCCAGAGCUACUCCCAGUGCUUUCUAACAACUCCUACCACCACUUUGUCCUUUCAACUGAUAAUAUUUUAGCUGCUUCGGUUGUUGUCACUUCUGCUGUCCAGUCAUCUCUAAAACCUGAAAAGAUUGUUUUCCAUGUCAUUACUGACAAGAAAACUUAUGCUGGUAUGCACUCAUGGUUUGCACUAAACCCUGUCUCCCCUGCUAUUGUUGAAGUGAAAGGAGUUCAUCAGUUUGAUUGGUUAACAAGAGAGAAUGUUCCUGUGCUUGAAGCUAUUGAGAACCAUAAUGGGAUCAGAAAUUACUAUCAUGGUAAUCAUGUUGCUGGGGCCAACCUCUCUGAUACUACUCCUCGAACAUUUGCUUCAAAAUUGCAGGCUAGAAGUCCAAAGUACAUAUCCUUGCUCAACCAUCUCCGGAUAUAUUUACCAGAGCUCUUUCCAAACCUCAACAAGGUGGUCUUUUUAGAUGAUGAUGUUGUAGUUCAGCGUGAUUUAUCUCCUCUUUGGGAGAUUGAUCUUGAGGGAAAGGUUAAUGGAGCUGUAGAAACUUGUAAGGGUGAAGAUGAAUGGGUUAUGUCUAAGCAUUUCCGGACAUACUUCAACUUUUCCCACCCCCUUAUAGCAAAGAAUUUGGAUCCUGAUGAAUGUGCUUGGGCAUAUGGAAUGAAUAUCUUUGAUCUCCAGGCUUGGAGAAAGACGAAUAUAAGAGAGACUUACCAUUCUUGGCUGAAAGAGAACCUGAAGUCAAACCUGACCAUGUGGAAGCUUGGUACUCUACCACCCGCUUUGAUUGCAUUUAAAGGUCAUGUUCACCCAAUUGAUCCAUCAUGGCAUAUGCUGGGGUUGGGCUAUCAGAAUAAGACCAACAUUGAGAGUGUGAAAAAGGCUGCAGUUAUCCAUUACAAUGGCCAGUCAAAGCCAUGGCUGCAGAUCGGCUUUGAGCAUCUUCGACCAUUUUGGACGAAUUAUGUCAACUACUCCAAUGAUUUUAUAAGAAAUUGUCACAUGCUGGAGUCAUAGUCAAUCAUCUCGACAAGUUAGAAGAAGAGAUACACCAGGAAAUGACAUGACUGAUACAAAUAUCAUAAAUUUUCCUACGGCUUGAAAAUUUCUCAAGAUUUAUUUGAGAAGGCAAUAUUAAGAGCAAGAAUUUUGAGGUUGGAAUUUUGCUGUCAUCCUGAGACAUUAGCAGGAGACGACGUGCACUCAUGAGCACAGGCACAAGAUCCAUUCUUUCAGUCUGUAACAUAGCUCCUUGGUUUAUUUUUUCCCUUGGAAAGAGGAUACUGUUAUUCAUCGUUCUGCGGGGUUCCUGCCUGAUUUGUUGGUGGAUAUUUUGGAAUAAGGUGGAAUACACAAAACUAGAAGUGGCCUUGGUCAUUGCCAUCAGAUUGAUUGGUGUAGAGAAGAUGAGGAUGGCUGGCUUGGAAAGUUCUCAUUUUAUUUCUUUUUAUCGUUUCCAUUUUUGUUAGUAUCUUCUCAUUCUUCCCGUUCUAGGAGUAGGUAAUGGUAUUGCUUUAUUACAGGUCCCAUGAAUGGGUAACUCUUCUUAGCUUACAUAUUGAUUUGUUCAUGACACACAUUUAAAAUGUGCAGAAAAAUUCUUUCCCAAUUCUUAUAUUAAACAUAUUUCAAUUUU